AUGCUUAGGGAAUUACACAGUUUAGAUACAGAGGGAACCAAGAAAAUGUUGAAGAGCAAAGCAACGAAAUUCUUGAAGAGGAUAACAUUAGUUUUGGCAUCAAUGGCCAAGGCUAAAACUUUAGCUCUCAAGAGCAAAACCCAUGCCUUGAAAACUCGGUUGAUGAUAUUCUUUCUGUUGAGGGACAAGAAGAUUCUGAUGAGCUCCAUCUCACAUAAGCUCCAUUCUAUUAUGGGCCAGCAGGAACAUGACAAAGAUCAAGAAGAUGGAGAUAAUAACAUGGGAGAACAAAGCAAGUCCAUUGUGCUUUAUAACCACGGCUCCAUGUCCCUUCCCAGUCCCACUCAAAUGGAGUUACUGGAGAAUGCUGAUGAACAAGACAAUAUCUACGGCUAUGGCUAUGGCUAUGGCUACAACUAUGAAGAUGAGGAUGAUGAAGAGAAGUUUCCAGACCUGACCCACUCUCUAUUUGAGUCUGAAGAUCUGGACUUUGAAGAUCCAGGAGGGUCAGUGAUAGAUUUGGUGAAGAAUUCAAAGAAAGAAGGAGAAGAAUUCAGGUUAGAGGACGAGAUAGACCAUGUUGCAGACCUGUUCAUAAAGAGGUUCCACCGCCAGAUGAGAAUGCAGAAGCAGCUCUCCAUCAAGAGGAAUCAAGAGAUGCUUGAAAAGAGUGCCUGAUGAUGUAUAACUUUCACUUGCAAAUCUUAGAUCAAGCUAAGCCAGUUCAGUGUCAAGAUAACAAACCUGAAUUGGAGGCCCUGAAUUGCUUCGCAGUUGCAUGCUAAACUGGAAUACAAGGAAGGGGUGACUCCUUGGCAUUUCUGCUAGAUAUAUGAUUAAUUAUAUAUGUUCCUUGAGACUUUCUUCUGUAAUAUAGAAUUUUCUUGUACUAAUAUUACUCUAGUUAUUGAUCAUCAUGUGAUAUUUCAAGUGUCCUGUUUUAAGUCAGGAAUGUUGAAAACAGAGGGUGCCCAGUUUUAUGAGGCCAUUUCUGUGCAAUAUUAAUAUAGUAGCAGAAUAAGAGAUUCUAUUUGUUUUUCUUCUA